UUCGUCCCCUGCACUGUGUCUCUGCAUGUACUUUAUCACAGCACACACUGCUGCACAUCAUCAUCACACACACACACACACACGCUGCUUCACUUCUUCAUCUGCUGAGACCAAACCACCAAAAACUGAAGAUGGGAAAAAUUAACGGAUGUCUCAAAUGUCUCUUUAUCUUCUUCAAUGUGUUGUUUGCUAUCAUCGGAUGUUUGCUGAUCUUCGGGGCAGUGAAGGCCACCAGCAUCAGCUACCAGCUGUCGGCGUUCGGGACCCCCGGCCUGGGAUGGAUGUGGGUGUUCGCCAUCGGCGUCCUCGGCAUCUCCUGCCUGGGAAUCUAUGCAGGCUGCGCUGAGAAAGGCAUAGCCCUAAAAAUAUUUGCAGGCUUCAUGGGGGUUGGAAUGGUCAUCAUGCUGAUCUUCGGCAUUGUUGUCGUUGUCACAAGAAACAAGAUCAGAGAUGACUUCAAGAACACCUCCGCUGAAAUUGCAAAGCCCUUAAUGGAAGACGAGGGAAUGAGACAGCUGCUUCAAGGGAUACAGGCAUCUGCCCAGUGCUGUGGGCUGUCGAGCGCCAGCGACUGGGGAAGUGAAAUCCCCGAAUCCUGUGAGUGCAGCUCACGUAGCCACUUCGGACUACCUACCAAAUGUAGAGCCAAACCUGCGGGAACCCAGGGCCCAUCCCAAAUUUAUGAACAGACCUGCGGUGAUGCCAUCUUUUCAUGGGUGGACAUGUUAAUGAAGAUCAUCAUGGGCUUCUUCUUUGGAUUUUCCAUCACUGCACUGCUGGGCCUGGUCGUCUCCUUCCUGAUGAUCCAUCAGGUCAAACGUCACGACAGCACGGGAGGAGCGUCCAUGGCCAUGAAGGGCUACUGAAGGGAACCACCCUCGACCCCUGACCUUUAACCUCUGCACUGUAAUUAGAGGACUACAUACACGGUCAAUAAAUGAGUCAUUUACUUUUUUUUUUUUUAACGACAUUUCUGCCUUUUAAGAGAAUGAAACUGAAAGUCGGAGACAGAAGGACGAUGCUGCAGGAACAUUUCAUUGCUUUCACUGCUUUCUAUUGUAGAAAAUCUUGCUUGAAGAGCAAACGUUUAUUUUUUUGUGAAUUAUAUUUUUUGUUACUUGAUGGCCAGAAGUAUUGUAGCAGUCUUACAUAACAGACAUAUAUUGUAGGAAGGAAGAAGUUCCUAAGCUCCACCCUUCUCCAUAUCUGACUAAAGCUCUAUCAUCCAGAGGAGGUCAUAACAUCCACUAGUGGUUUUAAAAGCAUCAAGAGUAAUUUGGAAAAUCCGUUUCCUUGGCGAACUACUGUAGCCGGCGAGCUAAUUGCUAACACACUUAGCAGGCAGCAACAUGCUAGCAUAGUCUUUCACUUAGCAUAGUCAUUUCACCUCUUCCAGCUAGAUGUCUGGCACACUAGUCCUGUAGCAAUUAGUCGUAAAUCCGACCAAUCAGCAUACAUUAAAAGAAUGCUAACAUUUUACAGGCAAAAUUGCAUUCCCUGUAAGAAAAACAAAAAGACUUUAAGAUUUUGAUUUAUAGCUGAAUAGAUCCUGUAUCUGAAAAAACUACAAUAGAAUUUGGGCUUUUUUGUCUAAAAGCAGGUGUAGGUAAUUAUUUUAACCGUUUAGCUCCAUUCACUCCAAUUCAUUAACAAAAAAAUUAAAUGAGCGCCCUCUAGGUGAAUUGCAGCGAGUUUUCGGUUCAAUGGCACAAACAGGAAGUGGACAGGCUCUGGUGCAACAGAGCUAACUGGCUAAUAGGAUAAAGUCCUCCAUUUUGAACUCUCCAGUUUUUCCAUUCUCUAAAAAGGUCAGCACUGUCAAGACUGUGUGCUGUUGUAUUGAAAAUGUAUUUGUGGAUUUACUUGUUCCUGCAAGUAAAUUCCAUUGCGAGGGGGAAACUGCAAGCUAGCUUAGAUUUAAAGCCGCCUUGUUAUACAUAUUGUCAAUGUUACUAUUGCUUUCAUCUGCACUGAUAAGAGCUUUUAUAUGGUUGCGCUUAGUAUUAAAUUUCUAGCAGCGAGACACAGAUACAGUUGUAAGAUGAGGAUCGUCCUCACCUCCAGUGUUGUAUUUUUUAAAACAGCAACAAACAACAACAACAACAAUAACAACAACAACAACAGCUCCUCAGGUUAGUUAAGUGUUCAGGUCUCCCACAGGCAGUGAACACCUCACCACCAUUUACAAAACAAAAAAGGAUUUAAAUAGAAGAGAAAUACUAUGACACAAACUGUUUUAUUGUGAAAUCUGCGCUCAUUUAACUUCAGAAUAAACUCUGAAUGCGUACACUGUA